AAAAUUUAGUUCUACGAAAUGUAAAACUGCAUAAAUUUUUAAGGAAAAUAUUUCUCUUUGAUCAUUAUUAACAAAGAAAUAAAGGAGUUGCCAUAAAUUUAAGUGUUCCAAUGGAAUCCAAGAGCGUCACCGUUAACAAAACUUUACCCUUUGAUGCUUCAUUUUUGACUGUCAACAUUUCCAUGCGGCAGGUGGAGGAGAUUGCUUUAGAGAUUUCCCAUCGCUGUGUGGUGACCGGCGUCAAUGAGAUCGCCUGGGCAUUGAGAGCACUCAUGUUGACUGAUCUCACCACGUUAGCUGGCGAUGAUACACGCUCCAAUGUGCGCCGCCUUUGCCUGCGCGCCUGCUAUCCUUUUGAGCCGCAAUUUUUUGACAGGUUCUUCGAGCGCACGCUGCUCCAGGAUAUCCAUUGUGCGGCUGUCUGUGUGUAUCCUGCGAGAGUAAAAGAUGCACAUGCCACACUGCAACAAUUUGGUAAGCUGGAUACGGUGGCCAUAGCUGCCGUCGCAUCAGGAUUUCCCACUGCUCAGUAUGGAUUGCAGACGCGUCUGCAGGAGAUUAGCCAUGCCAUACUCGCUGGUGCUACGGAAAUAGAUAUUGUGAUUAAUCGUCAGCUGGUCUUGGUUGGCGACUGGGAAGCGCUCUACAAUGAGGUGCUGCUCAUGCGCAGCGCUUGCGGCGAACAUGCGCUGCUGAAGACUAUUUUAGCUAUUGGCGAACUAGGCACCAUGGAGAAUGUAUACAAGGCCGCAAUGGUAUGCAUGUUGGCGGGCGCCGACUUUAUUAAGACAUCUACAGGCAAGGAGUUUGUGAAUGCAACACUGCCCGUGGGUCUUGUAAUGAUAUUUGCCAUACAGGAAUUCAAGCGACGUACCUGUCAGAUUGUGGGCUUUAAGCCAGCUGGUGGCGUGCGCACGGUUAAAGAUGCCGUUGCCUGGAUGUCGCUUGUCAGUGAAACGCUCGGCAUGCGCUGGUUAACACCACAACGCUUUCGUUUUGGUGCUUCAGGUCUUUUGAAUGACAUCGAGAAAAUAGUGCGAGAUGGCGUGGCCAAAAUGGAGGCGGAUGUAGCUGCAAAAGCUAGUCAAGGUCAGUUGCCAGCAGAACACAAUGCUACUGAAGAUCUUUGCAAUGAGCUGCGCAAAAACUUGCCACGAAAAGAUUAAUUUACAAGUAUUUAAGUUCCAUGUGCCGGCAGAAAAAUUAUUUUUCACUUAUAAUUGUGUGCCCAGCGUUUUCAAUUGUAUUGCGGCUUGUGCUAGUAUUUAAAAAUUACCAAUAAAAAGAGUAUUUUUCAUUUA